AUUGAACUGGAAGUUCUUUCAUUUUAGCUGAAGACUGAAAAUUGUUUCCUUAUUUUCCCACGGUGUCAGGCUGAAGACCAAAACCAUUAAACGAACUCGUAUCUGAAACUCACCCUGAAAGCAGCAGUGCCGCAUGUUAAUAGGGUGGGAACCUAUGUCUUUAACAAAUAUCGUGCAGUUGACCAAAACAUUAAACGUAGCUAAACUUGGUUUCUACCUUCAAAGAAGCGUUGCUAUUACAUCCCGAGAAGCUAACUUACCGUUAGCUGCCUACUGAAGUUUGAUAGCUUCGGACUCAUCAGGACACAUUAAAGUUCAUCAAUUGAUUGGAAGGAGGAGUUGCAGGGAUUCUCGCAUCCCUCGUCACCAUUGGCCCCUGAGAUGACAUCACAACAACCUCAACUCCCUAAUGCUCUUAUACCUCCCCAGCUUGCUCAGAACUCCAAUGCUCAGCAGAUCCGACCUCACAUUCACCCGAAUCAGCUGGAGUCGAGUCAGAGCAGUGCAAAUGCUGGGCUUCUUGAACAUAGGCCUCUGACAGGCAGGCCAGGCUGCCCUGGUGCUUUAGCCACUACUGGGGAGUUGGUCAACAGGAAUGUUUCUGUUUCCUCCACCAACUCUAGCUUGACCAGAAGAGAUGGGGGCUUUGAACCAUGGCCCGAGGAAGCAGUGGAUAACUCCCAUGGGCUGUACUCACUCCACCGUAUGUUUGACAUAGUUGGAGCCCAGCUAACACAUCGGGAUGUAAGGGUACUGUCAUUCCUGUUUGUUGAUGUGAUUGACGAGUAUGAGCGAGGUGGCAUCAGGAGUGGAAGAGAUUUUCUGCUGGCGUUAGAGCGCCAGGGUCGCUGUGAUGAGACAAACUUCAGACAUGUGCUGCAGCUUCUAAGGAUUAUCACCCGCCAUGACCUUUUGCCUUAUGUCACACUCAGGAAACGGCAGGCCGUGUGCCCAGACCCUGUUGAUAAAUACCUGGAAGAGACAUCAGUGCGAUAUAUAUUACCAAGAGGAAGAGUACAGAACAAAGACACUGUACCGUACAGAAGAACAGGUCCCCAGCCAGUCAUUUGUUGUUCCCCAUCAGCACCACACGUGGGUCCUGCACAAACAAAGCCAACUCCUCCUGUACCAAACCGCAAACGGAAGAGAAUUCACUCUUCGGCUGACUGCAGAGAGAAGCAAACAUGCGAUAUUCGUCUACGAGUUCGUGCUGAGUACUGCCAGCAUGAAUCUGCACUUCAGGGCAACGUCUUCUCCAACAAGCAAGAGGCAGUGGAGCGGCAAUUUGAGCGCUUCAACCAGGCCAACACUAUCCUAAAAUCGCGAGACUUGGGCUCCAUCAUCUGUGACAUCAAAUUUUCUGAGCUCACCUACUUGGAUGCCUUUUGGAGGGACUACAUCAAUGGAUCAUUGUUAGAGGCCCUCAAAGGGGUCUUUAUCACAGAUUCCCUAAAACAGGCUGUAGGCCACGAGGCUAUAAAACUGUUAGUCAAUGUUGAUGAGGAGGACUACCAAGCUGGUCGACGCAAACUGCUCCGUAAUUUGGUCACAAGUGGAGGGAGCUCAGCAGUGGGUAACAAAGACUCUGUAUCUUAGAAACAUUCUCCAGGUGGUAGGGAGUAGAGUGAGAUGUGAUUGUUGUUUAAGGUGCCUGAAAGGAACUGAAGAACUUCCAGCCAACCCCAUUAAAUAUUUGAGAACUAAGUUCAUAUGUUAUCUACUUGGCAUCCCUUUCCAUAGCAUGUACAGAGAAAUGGAACUGUGUUGGCAAAAACAAAGGGGUGAUGCAAACAAGUUGGUAUUAUUGUUCAUUUUCUUCAAGGAUGGAAUCAAACAAGUGCAUUGAAUUUAACCAAUUUCUUGUUUGUGGUAUGUUAGCUCAGCUCAUUUAAAACUUUUAACCUAAAGAUACUGUUCAAUCCUGUUUUAAGGUGAAGUUAUUUUGAAUGCAGGAAACACUUAAUUCUCACAAGUUACUCCCAGUGGGAGAUGUACUUAUUUUUAGACUUGUUUUGUGUUUUUUUUCCCAGGUAGAUUACAAAUUGUUUGGCAUACCCAACGAGAGAAUGUUCUGUGAACACUUUUGCAAGGAUCAAGCUUCUCUUUCCCUGUCACCUUUACUGUGCCUGGCAUUCUUUAACACAUUCUGUCUGCCAACAGCUGUGAAUUCAAAUUCAAUUGUAAAGUCACUGCCAGUUUAUGGAAACAAUGUAAGAGAAUAAUUCUAAUGUGUUCAAUUAUUUCCAGUGAGAAAUGGACUUUUGUGGUGUUCUUAAUAUGUAUGGAUUUGAAAGUGUGUCAGUUCCUUUGUCACCCUGUACCUACUUGCUGUGUUAAUUAUGAAGCAAGACUGAUGUUGAAUAAAUUUUAUAAUGACACUAAACACAAAUCUGUAAAACAGCAGGGAAAUUCACACCAGUAUGUGCAGUCACGUCAGUAGGUGCAGGAAGCAAGAUGCCAGACCAAAGUGAUGUGGGUGACAGAGAGUCAGUGAUUGUCUGUGAUUGGUUACAAAUCUCUCAUCUAGCUUUAGCUUUAGAAUUGGUAUAAAGAGCAAUCUCUUCUAUGGAUACAACAUGAGCAUGUAGUUAAACUUGUCUCCUCUAAUAGUGCUACAGGAGGUGUUGAAAUAACAUCACAUCUCAUUUCAUCCCAUCCCUUAAAAAGCAGUUGUCACAGGUAUGGUAACUUUCAAACAGAAAAUAAAGCGUAAAAAAAUAGCACUGUAGAAGCCAAAAUAAUAUAAUAGCAAGAUGUAAAGCAUGUUGAUCCUCCACAAUUUAAGUUGCACAAUUAUAUGCUUCUAGUAGGAGGCUUUCACAGUGUAACAUGAAACUAAUAAUGGAUGGGUGCCUGUGAAAACCACAUGUGGCCCCCCGCCCCUAAAAUUAUAACCACUUGUUAUGUUUAAUAAAUCCAAGUGUAAGACAGGACUAAGAAUGUAUCAAUGUCUGACAUAUACAUGCCCUUUCAUCACGCCAAACUAUACUUUACUACUUUGCAAAGUAGGCCCUAUUUCUUGCAGUGACAUGUAAUGUUAAUGUUAGUGUUCACCAUCAAAUGUUGAUAUGCAGAAUCAUCUUUUUGGAUGCAAUUCAUCAGGAUAAAUGACAAAUUGACAUUGAUGUCAGGCCAAUGCAAGCUCAGUUAGAAAAUGUGUAAUAGCAGUAUAUCGAGGAUGAAGUAGAUCGGAGACUGAAUAUCAUUUCAGUGCGUACUGUUACCUGGAACAUCAAUCUGUAAUUCUGCUAUUUUACAUUUUCCUUUGUUUUUCUGUAUGCCUACCCUAAAAUCUCCUACGACAUGAACAGGCCAGUACUCAAGAGAAGCAAAUGUGUACUGUGUAAUCAGCAAACUGUGUUUUUAAUGCAGUUGUUCACUUUCCAGCUUAAUAUUUUCUCUUAAUGCAUUACAGAUAUGCAUUUUUUUUUGUCAAAUGUUGUAAUGAAAUUUUACUUGUGUUAAAAAUGUAACUGAAUCUUGUCUAGCUUCUCAUCAGUUAGUUAAAUGGUGACCUGAAUUUAGCAUUUGGUUUUAUGUAACCUUAUAAAAAUUCCGUGUGUUUUUAUUAUGAUUUUUGAUCCUAGGAAAGAAAUAAAUAAAAGCCCCGUAUUGUGUUGGCCAUAAUGGCAUCUUUUGGGACAUAUCAGAACAUGCAAGUUUGACAGGCCACUGUGAAUGAUAUAGAAGAGGCAUACAUUUUAUAUUUUUAUCCAGUGGAAUUUCAUGUUAAGGUUAAAAGUUCGUAUCUAGGAAAUAGGUAGGUGUAUGUUGACUGUAUGUUAUGGUAGUUGUUAAAUCCAGCUUUUACAUUAAAUUGCAUGCAACCUGUUAUGGUGUCAGUGUCUCAAGUCACAAUGUAACCAUUUUGUAAAUAUUUUUGUGGGUCACAUUUUCUUACUUCAGUUUUGCAUUUCUUUCAGAAAAUAGGCCUGUAGAAAGUUUUGAUUUUACGUGGCACUGCAAAUAUUACAAAAAAAAAAAAAAAGAAUAAUCCAAACUCACCCCUGAAGGCGCUCUUUAUCCUUCGAUCAUGGGUCCUGUAUUAGAGGCCUGGGAGUUUGAGGGUCUUGUGCAAUAAUUUUGCUGUUCAUAGGACUGCAUUCUUCUGGACAGAGAUCUCGGAUGUCGUUCCCUGAAUCUGCUUGAACCACUCACCCAGUUUGGCGGUCACUGCCCCAAGUAAUCUGAUUACCACAGGGACUACUGUUGCCUUCACCCUCCGCAUCUUCUCAAGCUCCUGUCUCAGCCCUUGGUUAUUCUUGAGCUACAGCCAUCUUCCUCUGCCUGUCCACUUCUACCACUAUUCCUCAUGGUUCAUGGCUCCUGUUUGCUCGUGGGAUUCCAAGGUACAUGUAGCUACCUUCAAUGUCUGCCUUCUGUUACUAAAUGGCAAAUUGUUCUGGUUCUUAUAUAGUACUUUUCUACUCUUCAUGCUUGAGAGUUUUGAACAUUGUUGUUAUGUGUUGUGUCCUUCAGCCCAUUAUGCUCUUCCAGUAUUUCUGCAUCUCCAGCCUUGGUGGGGCUGUUCUCAUAUCGUCCCCUGCCACUGAGAGUACACCUGGGAUGGUUCAUUGGAGAACAUGUAGUUUAUUGACCUGGCUUCUAUCGCUCUGGUAUCACAACCAGUCCAACGUUUGGACACACUUUCUGAUUUAAAGGGUUUUCUUUAU